AUGGCGGCGGCGCGGGGCUGGCCGCGGAAACUGGCGGCUGUCGCUGCGGCGCUGCCCGGCGGGGGUGGCCCGGGACGAGCACCGAGACCGGGUCCUGCCGUGGAACCGGCCCCAGAGCCGGUCCAACAAAGGGGCGCCCCCGCUACAGCCGCGCUCUACGUGCACUGGCCCUACUGCCGCAAGCGCUGCUCCUACUGCAGCUUCAACACGUACGUGGUGCGGGCGGUGGACGAGGCGGCCGUGCGCGCCUGCCUGCUGCGGGAGGCACAGACCCUGCUCCGCCUCAGCGGGGUGCACAGCGUCACCUCCGUCUUCUUCGGCGGGGGCACCCCGAGCCUGGCCAGCCCCGGCACUGUGGCGGCGGUGCUGGAGGCUGUGGCGGGGGCUGCCCACCUUCCUGCUGCUGCCGAGGUCACGCUGGAGGCCAACCCCAGCUCCGCCAGCACAUCGCGCCUGGCCGGCUUCAGGGCGGCGGGGGUGAACCGCCUGUCCAUCGGCGUGCAGUCGCUGGAUGAUGCCGAGCUGAGGAUGCUGGGCCGGGAGCACACGGCGGCAGAGGCACGCCAGGCUGUGGAAGCGGCACGGGGGCUCUUCCCUGGCCGAACCUCCAUCGACCUCCUGUUUGGGCUGCCGGGACAGAGCCGGGAUGCCUGGGCGCAGCGGCUGGAGGCGGCCCUGAGGCUCUGUGACGAGCACAUCUCCCUGUACCAGCUGACGCUGGAGCGGGGCACGGCGCUGGCAGCGCAGGUGCGAGGGGGAGCCCUGCCUGCACCCCCGCAGGAUCUGCUGGCUGACAUGUACGAGGAUGCCCGCAAUGUGCUGGUGGCCGCCGGCUUCCGCCACUAUGAGGUCUCCAAUUUUGCACGGAAGGGCGCCCUCAGCACCCACAACCUCUCGUACUGGCGGGCUGAUGAGUACAUCGGUGUGGGGCCAGGGGCACACGGGCGCUUCGUGCUGCGGGGCGAGGGCGGCUGCAGCCGGGAAGCUCGAGUCCAGACCCUGGAGCCUGUUACCUGGAUGCGGGAGGUGCAGAGCCAGGGACACGGCACCAGGAGUCGGAAGGUGCUAAACCCUCUGGAGCAGCUGGAGGAGCUGCUCAGCCUGGGACUGCGCACAGAUGAAGGCGUCACACACGAGCGCUGGGGGCACUUCUCCCCGCAGCUCAGCCUGCAGGACGUGUUCGGGGAGCCAGGAGAGGCUCGGGCGCUGCAGCAGGAGGGCUGGCUCGUCCUGGACAGCGGCGGGCUGCGCUGCACCUGGGCCGGCCUGGCCGUGCUGGACUCGCUGCUGCCCGACCUGCUCUGCCAGCUGCAGCGGGUGCUGGGCACUGCCCGGUGCCCACCGAGGGGGACCGAGGGACGAGGCGGUGGCCGGGACGGGAGGGCUGUAAGCGGCCACAGUGGACAAUAAACCACAGGAGCAGUG